AUGAUCAACAUCGCUAUCAACUUGUCGUUUCGAAGAUUUGGUGAUUUUGUCAUUUUUUAUUUGCUUCUAUUACAAUCAUUAUCAUAUUGUUCUAAUGGUUCAACAACAAUGCAUGCUACAUGUGGUACUGAUGUUGAAUUAAUUUGUCCAAUUCGUUCAACAAAACAAUCGGAUGAAGUGAUCUCAUGGUUUCGUCCGAAUUCAUCUCAUAGUCGUUUAUCAUUUAUUGCUAUUGGUGAUAUUCUUCUACCAGAAUAUGCAGCAAAUGGUCGUUUUAAUUUAAUAUCAUCAUCAUCAACAACAUCUCGUUUAUUAAUAAAUAAUAUUUUAAUUGAAGAUCAAGGUUAUUAUACAUGUAAAUCAAGUACAAAUGGUCAACAUAGUAUUAAAUUAAUUGUUAAUUCUCAUCCAUAUCUUUCUCCAUCGUUACCAAUUCUUCUUUAUCCGGUCAAUCGAACAUUUACAAUAACAUGUUCACUUUUAUGUGAUUCAUCAAUCGAAAUUCAUAAAUUAAUGUGGUUUGUUAAUGGACACACAUUAGAUGAAGAUAAACAUAAAUUUUUUAUUGAAACAAUAUCAUUUAAUACACAACGUUUAACAAUUUUAUUAAAUACAAAAAAUCAUCAUUUUAAUCAAACGAAUUAUACAUGUAGAUAUGAUGGAAAAGAAUCAUCAAUAUUAGUUAGACGACGAACUAAAGAAGAAUUGCAUCGUUUACCACGUCAAGAAGGUUCAUCAUCUGCUUAUUUACUUCAAUCAGCAUAUGAUACAGGUCAAAUAUAUAAUCGAUCAUUAUAUAAAUAUCUUCUCAUAUUUUUAUUAUUAUUAAAACAAAUACAUUGUGCAAUAUAA